UUGCACUAUAGCAGUCUCCACCCAUUAAAAUGACAUAAAUACCCUCGCACUCCAAUCCCAUCAUUACACACAACACAACUUUGCAUCUUCGUGCAAUAUGGCUUGUGAGUUGUGUCUCGGUUCCUUGCAAAAAAGCUAGUAAGCCAGAAAUGAACCACCGUCGUCACUGUAUAUAAAUGCGUAACGGGGUCAAAGCCGCGUUUGGAUUCGGAGAUCUUGGAUCUUCGCCGGAUCUCUCCCUCGCAUUCUUACGCCACACACAUUUGCAACACAACUAGUAAAAACCGGAACGAAUUAAAUAUCUAAUCUAAUCUCUCAGAUCGGAAUCUUAACCUUCAAAAUCAAUCCAAACGCGCCCUUACUAGAUCCAACUUUCUCAGAUCCCUCACUUUCCCGAGAAAUUCCUCUCAGAAUUUUCUCACCGCCACUGCUUCGUGCUCUUCUUCUUCCUUCGCAGUCGAGGUCACGGAUCCAACAAUGUCUCUGCGCUUCAGCUUCAGCAAUCGAGCAACCGCUCUCGCUGUUCUCCUCUGCUUGUUCUUCUUCCACCUGUCACCGACCUUCGCUCAGGAUACUCUUGCUCAGAACGGGAAGGAGGAUUCCGGUGGAUCUGUGGAUCUCGGUCGCCGCGGCAAACUUUGGGAGAAUGAUGCUGUCGGUGAUUCCAAGGAUGCUGGCCGUGCGAUUACCUUCGAUGAUGAUGGUCUUGGAGUGUUUGAUGCAUUUUUCGCCAGUCUAUCAAUGAUCAUUGUCAGCGAGAUUGGAGAUGAGACAUUUAUAAUAGCAGCUCUUAUGGCUAUGCGCCAUCCAAAGUCCAUUGUGUUGUCUGGUGCGCUAACUGCCCUGGUUGUAAUGACGGUACUCUCCACUGGACUUGGCAGGAUUGUGCCAAAUUUAAUUUCGAGGAAGCAUACAAAUAGUGCUGCAACAGUUCUAUAUGCUUUCUUUGGGUUGCGAUUGCUGUAUAUUGCUUGGAGAUCAUCAGAUUCAAAAUCUUCACAGAAGAAAGAAAUGGAAGAAGUUGAAGAAAAGCUUGAAAGUGGACAAGGGAAAAGUUCAUUUCGGCGGAUCUUUUCAAGAUUCUGUACACCAAUAUUUCUGGAGUCAUUCAUUUUAACAUUUCUUGCUGAGUGGGGUGAUCGUAGCCAGAUUGCAACAAUUGCACUGGCAACUCACAAAAAUGCAGUGGGAGUAGCAAUGGGGGCAACAAUAGGGCACACAAUCUGCACUUCACUGGCAGUGGUGGGAGGAAGCAUGCUGGCUUCUAAGAUCUCCCAACGCACGGUAGCCAUGGUCGGUGGCUUUCUCUUCCUCGGCUUUUCCUUGUCUUCAUACUUCUACCCUCCACUAAAUGAUAUUAUAUGCAUGGGUUAUCGUUCUUGGAAAUACCAUGUCUCUCAAAUUUCAGUGACCAAUUUUCUCAAUGCCACCACCCCAAUUCACACCCCUUGGCGCUAUUCAUGCUCAAAACUACUUCACUCCACCAUAUCCUAUGCCCCAAAAUCGGCAUCACGGAAACCCAUAGGUGCUUUUCAUGCAAGCUUCAUCAAGAAAGGUGCCCUUCAAACUAUAAACUUGGUUAACCAUCUUCUGACCCUCUAUGUUAAACACAACAAAUUGGACUAUGCCCAGAAGCUGUUCGAUGAAAUUCCCCACAGAGACACUCACACUUGGACCAUCCUUAUAUCUGGUUUUGCUAGAACUGGCUCCUCAGUGGCGGCCUUUGACCUUUUCAGGGAAAUGCAGGAAAAGGAUGCUUCCCCGAAUCACUAUACAUUGUCUAGUGUAUCCAAGUGUUGCUCAGCGGAGAACAAUCUCUCACUGGGUAAGGAGAUUCAUGGUUGGAUUCUGAGGAAUGGGGUUGGUGGUGAUGUUGUGCUGAAGAAUUCUAUCCUUGAUCUUUACUUGAAGUGCAAGGCUUUUGGAUAUGCAGAGAGGUUCUUCAAUUUGAUGAAUGAGAGGGAUGUUGUGUCAUGGAAUAUAAUGAUUGGCGCAUAUCUGCGAGUGGGAGAUGCAGAGAAGUCUCUUGAGAUGUUCAAUAACUUGCCUUACAAGGAUGUGGUCAGUUGGAAUACAAUCAUAGAUGGGCUAAUGCAAUGUGGUUAUGAAACAUGCGCAUUGGAGCAGCUCUAUUGUAUGGUGGAACAUGGGACGGAGUUCACUGCAGCCACACUAUCCAUAGCACUUAUUUUGACUUCUUCAUUGUCACUUUUGGAGAUUGGAAAACAACUUCAUGGGCAGGCCUUAAAAUAUGGUUUUAAUUGUAAUGGCUUUGUGCGGAGUUCACUUGUAGAAAUGUAUUGCAAGUGUGGGAGAACGGAUAAGGCAUCUAUAGUUCUCAGAGAUAUACCUCUGAAUUCUCUAAGAAUAGGGAAUGCUGGAACUGAGGAAUCAAAUUCAGAAAUGAUUUCAUGGAGUUCGAUGGUUUCUGGUUACGUUUGGAAUGGCAAGUAUGAAGAUGCUUUAAAAUCUUUCAAGUCAAUGGUCCGGGAACUGGUUGUAGUGGAAAUUCGGACCGUCACAACCAUUAUUUCAGCUUGUGCCAGCGCUGGAAUCUUGGAAUUCGGUCAGCAGACGCAUGCUUACAUUCAGAAAAUUGGGCACAGAAUUGAUGCUUAUGUUGGUUCAUCCUUAAUUGAUAUGUAUUCUAAAUCCGGUAGCUUGGAUGAUUCCUGGAAGAUUUUCAGACAAAUCUUAGAACCGAAUGUUGUCUUAUGGACUUCAAUGAUAUCUAGCUGUGCGCUACACAGUCAGGGGAGGCAGGCAAUCAGUCUUUUUGAUGAAAUGUUGAAACAGGGUAUUUUACCAAAUGAGGUUACAUUUUUAGGGGUUUUAAAUGCAUGCAGCCAUGUAGGGCUGCUUGAAGAAGGCUGUAAGUACUUUAGAAUGAUGAAAGAUAUUUAUCACUACAAUCUUGGAGUUGAACAUUGCACUUCCAUGGUUGAUCUUUAUGGUCGAGCAGGUCGCUUAAUCGAGGCAAAGAACUUUAUCUUUGAAAAUGGCAUCUCCCACUUGACUUCUGUAUGGAAAUCCCUUUUAUCGUCAUGCCGGCUUCACAAAAAUUUUGAGAUGGGGAAAAGGGUUUCUGAUAUCCUACUUCAACUUGCACCAUCUGAUCCAGGAGCCUAUGUUCUGCUAUCAAAUAUGUGUUCUUCAAAUCAUCGAUGGGACGAGGCAGCAAAGCUAAGGAGUUUAAUGCAUCAAAGAGGUGUCAAGAAGCAGCCAGGUCAAUCUUGGAUUCAGCUAAGGGAUCAGAUCCACACCUUUGUCAUGGGAGAUAGGUCUCAUCCACAAGACAAGGAGAUAUAUUCAUAUCUUGACAAUUUAAUUGGAAGGUUGAAGGAAAUCGGCUAUUCCCUUGAUGCCAAUCUUGUCAUGCAGGAUGUAGAAGAAGAACAAGGGGAAGUACUUAUUGGUCAUCAUAGUGAAAAACUUGCAGUUGUCUUUGGCAUCAUUAACACUGCUCCUAAGAUGCCGAUUCGAAUUAUGAAGAACCUCCGCAUUUGUACCGAUUGCCAUAAGUUCAUCAAGUAUGCUUCUCAGCUUCUAGAACGAGAAAUAAUCGUCAGAGACAUUCAUAGGUUCCAUCAUUUUAGGCAUGGCCAUUGCUCUUGUGGAGAUUAUUGGUGACAAUUGACAAAAGCCAAAAUUAUAUUAUACAUAAUUACCUAGUCUAUAUAGAAUAUUUCUGAAACCACUUUUCAUUCUUUAGCAUGUAAAUCUUAACUCACCAGACACCAGUCCAUCCGAGCCUUGUAGGCUGUAGCAGUAGCAAAAAUUGACAGCAAAUUCUUGUUCUAGUACUGGUUUCAGGUUAGUUUCA